CUUGGCUGCAUCGAUUUACAAACCGACAUUCGGGCUAAAUAGUAUGUGUAUGAAUAGUCGUCGAGCAUUGUGAGAUUCGGAGUCCUGAAGAAGCUGAAUGCUAUGGGGAUUCCCCCGGACUUGUGAAAGCUUUAAGUUUUUGACUUGCGAACUUCUGCAAGAUCUUCCAAUUUCGGUAAACGGCAGGCAAUGGCGCGCUCGGCGCCACACGGCGUUGCAGCGACCGGCUAUCACAUUUCCAGUAAGGGUUCGCCCAACACGAUACGUCGGAGAACUUUCAAUGAAGACAUAUCGUCUUAUACAGCUCUUCCCUGCCCUUCUUUCGCCCUUCUUUCUUCCUUCCGCCCUCAUGAACAAUGUCUAACCUCACACCCUCCUCCCUGCUGGCUGGUUCCUGGGUUAAUAUGAUUCUUUUGGCCAUUUCUCUGUGUAUUGACACGGUGUGCACGGGAGUUGUGUGCUAUAAUGUGUAUCUGUAUCUGAUUUUGGAACCGGGAGAACAAGUUUUUUUCACUUAUCGUUACUGGCGAAUCACGCACAACAAAUUCAUCACUUUAUUGAUCUCUACGAUAACGGCUUCGCAUGUUGCAUUUGCUUGGGUGUUGGGCAUUGGAUUGAUACGAGACCCAGUCGUUUCGCAAUCCGGGCUUAAUCUUACAAUUAUUGCUGCUACAUUAUGUGCAGCCACCGACCUUCUUAUCGCUGUCAUCAUGUUCCAUACUAUGCGAACAAUUAAAACGACAUAUACGGCGACCCAGAGCUUACUCCGACGUAUAUCGAUACAGUCUGUCGCCUGUGGUUCUACCACCUCGGUGUUCACAAUCAUCAUGGUUUCACUGCUUGUGACGCAUAACCUUGAGCCAUUCACUGUGAUAUUCGAUAUACUAGGGAGGCUUUACACAUUGACUAUACUCAUAAAUUAUAUCUCCUUGAGGAAGCCAAUGGCCCAUGCGAGCGCUGCCGCAGGCGGCAGUGAGCAGAGACAAUCGAGGUCAAGGUCGCACUCGAUUGUCUUUGGGGCAGCACGUAGGCUUUCUCAUUUCCAUUGUAUCCUGCGAAGUAAAUUAACUUUCAUGUUCAGAGAUUGCCCGAUCCUUUACUGUUCCAGUGGAAUUAUCGACCAUCGAUGAGACGAAUUCGAUCCAGGAUGUGAGUAUCGGGCUCUCAGCUGUGUUGUUGUAUCUCAUUAUCGUCGAUUCAUUUCCCAGCUCCAGAUUCUUACCUCUUCGAAAAUCGACCCUCAUUCGGAAGUAGAUUCUUCUGGCUUUUCCCGGCCACAAAAAUCUCAUCCGAAGUCUUUCAUUAGACA